AUGGAAGACGGGGUCAAUGGGGUGUCGAAGAAGCGGAGGAAGAAGACCGGCAACAGUGUCACUGACGAUGGAGAUGUCAUGAUGGCAGAUACUGUUCCUUCGCCACCCCUCACUGAAGAGAUCCCCAUCACCAACGGACGCAGCGUCGGAACGCAGAUAGAGGAGCCGGUGGAGAUACUGGAACCUGAUAUGGUCAUCGUGGAAGACGGCGAGAAGGGGACACUGUCCUGCGCCUGGAAUCCCGUGGUAACAACCCUGCUGGCUACAGCUAGCAUGGGUUCAGCCGCCUUGAUAUGGAACGUUCCUGAGGAGUCGACUUCGGCCGAAGCACUCGAACACAUUGACUUGUCCCAUGAGCCCUCACGUAAGAGCACGGACAAAGCUAAGGUUACGGCUAUACGCUGGAGUCCUGAAGGCAAUCAACUGGCCAGUGGCUCUUACGAUGGACAGACACGGAUAUGGUCGGUGGACGGUAGAUUGGAGCACGGCAUGUGGUUACACUUUGCUCCACCCACGUCGCUGAAAUGGAACAAGACGGCCAAGGUGCUGCUUGCGCUGUCGUGUGACGGAAAGAUGAUCGCCUGGGACACAACGAACGGCGAAACCAUCCGAAUGUUCGACAUGGGCAAGGAGGGGAUAAACGAGAUUGAGUGGAUUUCGACGAUGCAGUUCAUUGCAUGUGGAGACAACGGUGAUAUCCAUCAGUUUGACAUAGGAGUCGAUGGGCCAUUACAUUCACACACAGCGCAUCAGGGAGAGGUUGCCUGUAUCGCAUGGGACGAGGCGACCGAAACCGUCGCCACUGGCGGCGCUGAUGCAUCGGUUCUUAUAUGGCACAAGCCUAGCAAAGAGUCAAAGCCAGAAAACAAACUCCAGGGGCACACGGCUCCUAUUGUUUCGGUUGCCUGGCAACCCGGUGCCGAAUUCGUUGCAGCAUCGCCCAAGCGAAUAUUGGCUUCCGCGUCGGAUGACUGUACCGUGCGUAUAUGGGAGGUGGGGUCUCGGACCUGCCUUCGUGUGCUCUCUCGACACCUCGAUCCCAUCGAGCGUAUAUGUUUCUCGCCCGACGGGAGCCGGCUGGCAUCAGGGGCGAAUGGAGCCGUCUUGGUUUGGCGGGUUGAAUCGGGGACUCUGACACACGUUUACGAUCGGUCCAGAUCUCAGCGGAAAAAUGGAACAGUGAUACCCGACGAUGUCAGUGAGAUUGGCGAGAUCUCAUGGGAUGAGGGCGGCCAACGUCUCGCCAUCGGGGAGGGGUCGAACAAGUGCGCCGUCAUCACCAUAGGCUCGAAAGGAUCGACGACACCAGCGCCGACGACGAGUAAUGGAUCGGCAUAG